AUGAAUAUUGGGUCUGACAACUUCUGGGCUAAGCUGCCUGCAAUCCUUCAGAAUAUCGCCCAAUGUGACUAUGCCGUCAUCGACUUGGAGAUGUCGGGAGGAGUCACCUCCUUCCACGAUGAUUCUAUCACCGGGAUCGAAUCAAAGGAGGAUCAGGCCUACACAGCUGCCCGCCAAGGUGCAACCAUGCACAACAUACUCGAGCUGGGUUUGACCUUGCUUAGUUUCUCCAAGAGUUCGUUCAAGGGUUCGUUCACUCAAGCCAGACAGAGCCCCGUCAACAGCUUGUUCCUCGAAGACACAAGGACGGCAUACGACUUUGCAGCAAAACAAGAUCGUCUGGUCGACUUCUCCUACUCGGCCCUCAAGUUCCUCAAGGCUCAUGGAGUUGACCCAAUAACCUUGAGUGGGAUAGAGACCUAUCACAACGCGGGUGUCCCCUACCUUAGCCGCGAGGAGCAUGCCAGAGCCAUAAGCCGUUUUCACAGCGCUCGGCCCUUCGUGCCAGUUGAGGCGAGGGAGCUCGACGAUGCUGCAGAAACCUUUCAGAUCGAGACGGCCGAAAGCAUCCAAGACUGGUGGUCUCAGAGGGGUGAUGACACCGAAAGCCUCGUGAUAUGUCUUCCCACGGAGAGCGUGAGUCGUAAUGCGCUCUAUCAGCGGAUCGUGCGACAACUCAUACACGACAACUACCCGCUUUGUGAAACCUAUUCAUUCAAUUCCAGCCAUGGAAUGAGGGUUCAAAUCAAGGAUGAGGCGGCAGACGCGGAGCGUAUCAAUAACAAAGCUCGCAAGCUUGAAAAGGCCCUGAAGACGCAAGCUGGUCUGCGCAUUGUCAUCGAAGCGCUUUGUGGAGGAAAAUUCGCCGGCCUUGUUCAGCCGGAGCUCGUUUACGGCAGCAAUCCUUCUGAGACACCACAGCAGGAUGCUCUGGAGCGGGACCUUCAGAGUAAGCUGCGCAACUGGGAGAAAAAGCUCCAAUCGUCCCGGCCCAUUCUUGUCGGCCACAACCUCCUCUACGACUUGUGUUUCCUGUACGAUGCAUUCAUCGGCGCACUUCCCAACACCUGGUCCCAGUUUAGUGUCCAGCUGUUUGAACUCUUCCCCCGCAUCUUGGACACGAAAGUCCUCGCCCUUGAGGAGAACCCGAUCGAGGGUGGCGACCCUCUGGAGGAUUUGUACAAGAGAUGGAAGGGAAAGGAACCGGCCGUUGAUUGGCAAAGGGUGAUGUAUGGUUACGGCCAUAAGGCGGCAGCACAUUCCGCGGGCUUCGACAGCUAUAUGACGGCCAUGGUUUUCCUGGCGCUCUGCCACAAGAGACAGGGAAACAUGAAACAACGGCUCCCUGAGUGGGAAGACGGUUUCUGGGAUGUGAGCCGCAAUACCGUCCGGAUCGGACCAGGACAGAUAGUCCAACUGGGCCGACCGGCCAUCCAGCCCUCUGAGAUGGAGAAGUAGGUGCU